CACACACCUUCCUACCCCCACACCUUUCUCUCGGAUUCGCGCUAACCCUAACCCUACCUUUUCUUUUUCUCGAAUUCGCUUUAACCCUAGCUUCUCUUCUGGAUCCGGGAGCUUCGUAUCAUUGCCUUAAUCAUAGCACUAAUCGCAGUUCUCGACAAUAGAAAAUGGGGGCUUGAUGUUGGAUUUUGCGUGUUUGCAGUGUUCGAUUGAGCGAGGGAACGGACAGGGGUGGAGGAGGAUAGGUGAGGGUGAGGAGGGGGGGGGGGCGGUAAGCAGCCAUGUCGGUGGCGGCCGGGGUUAGCGACGCCGCCAUCACGGUGCGCGACAAGCUCCGCGGGAAGAUUGGCCAGACCAAGGUGAAGCGGUACUGGCCCGGGAAGGCGCCCGAGUGGGCCGACGACGGCGAAGACGACGCCGAUCUCCGGACUGCCAAUAAGGUUUCUCUCGACAAGGCGUUCCCCAAGGAUGAGGACGGCGACGCGCCGCCCCUCAAGGAUGACCGCCGCCUCCGCCGCCUCGCGCAGACCCGCGCGGAGAACAAGGAGGAGCUGAGGGCGGAUCACCGGAGGAUUCGGCAGGCCGAGAUUGUGUCUACCGUGGAUGAGGAGAACGAGAGGCAGGAGGCUGAGCUGGAGGAGGAGGACGAUGAGGAGGCGCAGGAGGAGAGGAGGAGGAGGAUAAGGGCGCGGCAGCUCUUGAGGGAGCAGGAGGAGUUGCUUCCUCAGGAGGAGGAGCCCAUAGAGGAGGAGGAGGAAUCAGAGGAAUCCGAGUAUGAGACUGACUCGGAGGAUGAGCAGACGGGCAUGGCGAUGGUGAAGCCCGUCUUCAUACCAAAGUCACAGCGGGACACCAUUGCCGAGCGCGAGCGGCUGGAGGAGGAGGAGCGGCAGCUUGAGGAGCUAGUCAAGAAGAGGCUGGAGGCUAGGAAAAUCGAGACUAGGCAGAUUGUGGUGGAAGAAAUCAGGAAGGAGGAGCAUAUUGAGAAGACACUCAAUGAGGAGGCCAACAUUGAGGAUGUUGAUACAGAUGAUGAGUUGAAUGAAGCAGAGGAGUAUGAGUCAUGGAAGAAUCGAGAAAUAGCUAGAAUCAAGAGGGACAGGGAAGAAAGAGAUGCAAGGUUGAAGGAGAAGGAGGAGAUUGAGAAGGUGCGGAAUAUGACCGAGGAGGAGCGGCGAGAAUGGGAGCGAAAGAAUCCUAAGCCACUUCGUGAGAACAAGCAGAAGUGGAAGUUUAUGCAGAAGUAUUACCACAAGGGUGCCUUCUUCCAGGAAGGUGCUGAUGAUGUUAUCCAAUCAGCUGGUAAAGAUGAUAUUUAUGCUCGUGAUUUCUCUGCACCAACUGGUGAAGAUAAGAUGGACAAAAGCAUCUUGCCCAAGGUUAUGCAAGUUAAGCACUUCGGACGGAGUGGCAGAACGAAGUGGACACAUCUUGUUAAUGAGGAUACUACAGAUUGGAAUGCACCGUGGGCUACAAAUGGGCCCUUGCGAGCAAAGUACAAUGCAAAAAUGGCAGGCAUGAAUGCUCCUAUUGCCAAACCAAAGGGAAGUAAGAAGAUGAAAGACUGGGACACAAAACAGGAUGAUUAAAUGAAUACUAGAUGAAGUCUGGUACUGCUCUCUUACUUUCAUAGGGACAGACUAAUGGUAGCUGCAAAACAUGUUUAUGCAGAUAGUUUGUUUCUCUUCUUUUUGCUGCAUAAGACAUGCUUCUACCGUGCCAUCAACUGUCUUACAGUUUACAUCUGCUACCAAAAUUUCUGCAAAGUAUGUAAACGAUCGAUUGGUAGCCGCUUGUCAUGUACUGUCCUGUUAUGCUUAAUUAGAGAAGAAUUGUGUAUAUGUUUGUUUCUGUACUUUUGACAUAUUGCUAUGCUUAGAACCUGUCACUGCUUCAGCUUCUGGA